AUGUUCGACUGUAUGACGUGUGGAAAAGUUUUUACCCAUAAGCGUGGUCUAAACAGGCAUUCAAAAAUCCACGACGGAUCAACGAUUCCAUGUGGGAUAUGUGCAAAGGUUUUCACUCAGCAAAGCAACCUAUCGCGGCACACCAAGAAUAUCCACAGGGUCGCCCGCCAUACUAACGAUGACCGCAAUGUGGUUCGAAUAGGCAACGCAAUGGGCGCGUCUAAUCGGACAUUCGACCGUGAUAACGCGUUCCCGCCGCCUGCUACACUAUCACGGCAAUAUACGGAGAACAGUGGCAAAAACAUUAGGCGUAAAAAGGCUCGUAUGCAAUCGGUUAAUACGUCGGGGUUUAUCGAAUUACAAUCUACGCUCGAACGCACGACCGUGUGGUAUUUCAGAAAAAAUAUCGAAAACGUUAAGAGUUAUCGCGCAUUUUUCCAUUCGAUAGAGUCGGAAUUAAUAGUAAAAUUACGCGAGUGUGUGAUAAGUCAUCCGAUUAAAUAUAACCUUAAGAUAGAGGCCACCUACGGCGUACCUAACGUGGAAAAUACCAGCGAAAACCGUGUUUUCAAGUCAUCGGCCCGAGAGUUGUACUCGUACAACGACGUCGAGGGUGUGGUAGAUCGUGAUUUUACGGCACUUCUCGCCGAGGAGAACGGUUACGCGGGCAAGAACAGCGGUUUCGCCCUAUCGUGCAUUGACGGGAUGCUUUUGGGGGUUUACGAGUACUCGCAUGGGUCGUCAUACUUACCACUCCCGCCGAGCAUCGCAGAUCGAAAGGUCGUAAUAAACCCUCAAAACAUAGAUCUGCAAUGCUUUAAAUUGGCGAUUUUGGCAAAGCAUGUGCCCCAUGUUAACAGUUUCAGAGUAUGCGCGAAUUAUUUCUGCGAAGAGCACCGUUACGACUUUUCCACGUUAUCCGUUUCCACGCCCGUAUCGGAGAUAACAUCGUUCGAGCGAGCGAAUCCCGGUACAUCGAUUAACGUUUACGGCGUGAGAAAAUGCAAAAAUAAUAAAAAUAAAAAAUCUACGACGGAAUCGGUGGCGUACCCCCUGCGGGUGGUCGAUGACGAACUGCCGGAUCAUUUUGACUUACUGUUGAUCACCAGCUCGGGGGAAAAAAGUCACUACACUGUGUCAAAUUUUUCGAGACUCGCUAGCAUGCAGAAAAAUAGUCGUGAACAACGAUUAUUUUUUUGCAAAAAGUGUUUCACCAGUUUCGACGACCAACCUAUGCGAUAUAAAUUGCACGGCGAGGAGGCGUUGGCACGUCAUCGUUUAGUCUGCGGUACUCACAAAUCCAUAUUGCCGCCGGAAGGGAGCACGCUCGAGUUCAACGCGUUGUGUAAAACGCAACGCGUGCCGUUCGUUAUAUACGCCGACUUUGAGGCCCUUCUCGUGAAAUCUACGCAGCGAUACGGUGACAAUACCGAAGCGUUGCACACGCAUCAGCCGAUGAGCUAUGGGCUUAUGUUUGCCGCUGCGGACGGUGUACCUGGAGAGCUGAUGGAGCAGUUCGACAUCCCACGGACUCCGAUCAUUUUUCGCGGCUCAGAGACCGUGGACGAUGUAGCCAAGCGAUUCGUCAUAGCCGUCAUCGAUAUGGCCGAAAAAAUAUGCAAACUGUUGAAGACGACCAACGUGCCGAUCACGAUGGGCGUCGAGGACGUGCGCGCGCACGGAAUGAAGACCGUGUGCGAUCUGUGUGCGAAAACUUUCACAGACCAAAAUUGUAAAGUCACACAUCACGACCACUUGUCGGGCCGAUUUCUCAAGACUCUGUGCAACACAUGCAACCUCAAAUUAAAAACGCCAAAGUUCGUGCCGUGCUUUUUACACAAUCUCUCAAAUUACGACGCUCAUUUUUUCGUCACGCAUCUGGGACUUCACGCCAACACGAUAUCGCGUUACCCAAUAGCGAGGAACGAUAUAUAUCGUUUUCGAAAUACAUAA